AUGGGGGAAAGGAGAGCUGAACAACUUGUCAUACAAGUUAAGAAAGAUGAGAAUGACAAAGGAAGUGUGAGGGCAUUAUCACAAUGGAGAGGUGAUGCAACACUGAGAGGUGCUGCGACCUUGGCACAAGGGAGUGGUGGCCUUGUUGAGGCAUUUGAGAGUAGUACUGCACCUUCGAUUGAUGAAGUGAUGCAGGCCGUCAAAUCUUUACCUGGGGGACAUUUCGAUAGUAUUUUAUGGUGGUUUGCAAGAGGGCUAUUUAAAUAUCAACCUAAGAAGAGAAUGGUGUUUUCUAAAGUGCAAAGUUCUCACUUCAAGGUUGCUUGGCUUCUUCAUGAAAUGGCCGAGGAAUAA